CGGGGUCUCGGCAAUGCGCAAGCGCCUUCCCAGGUAGGCUGGCGUGUGAAUGUAUGUGUGGUCGGAGGCGGACUCCUUGGAAGGGAGUUGCCCCGAGGCCCACCCCCAACCCAUCAGGCUCCUCCCCUGGGGAUGGGGUAAUAGUGUGAAGAUUGCACCAGGAGCAGUUGUGUGUGUGGAAAGUGAGAUCAGGGGAGAUGUCACUAUAGGCCCCCGGACGGUGAUUCACCCAAAGGCCCGGAUCAUUGCGGAAGCUGGACCGAUAGUGAUCGGCGAAGGGAACCUCAUCGAGGAACAGGCGCUGAUCCUCAAUGGUUAUCCUGAAAACAUUAUUCCUGACAUGGAGAACAUGGAGCCCAAAUCCAUGAUCAUCGGCACCAACAACGUGUUUGAAGUUGGCUGUUACUCCGAGGCCAUGAAGAUGGGAGACAACAACGUCAUCGAAUCCAAAGCCCACGUCGGGAGGAAUGUGAUGCUGACGAGCGGCUGCAUCAUCGGGGCCUGCUGCAACCUGAACACGUUCGAGGUGAUCCCGGAGAACACGGUCAUCUAUGGGGCCGACUGCCUGCGCCGGGUCCAGACCGAGAGGCCCCAGGUGUGUCCUCGGCGUCCUCGCUGGGCUCUGGGACUACUGAGAGGGCGGGUCGGCGCACACCCUGCCGCCAGAGUUCCCUUCCCGGAGCCGGCGCUCAGGCAGGGGCCUCGGACCCCUCAGAGCCUGGCCUCGAGCUCACGGAACCUGGCGCAGGCCUGGAGGCUGCUGGGAUGCCACUAAUGGGUCGUCCCUCCUGUCUCUUGUGUUCCAGCCCCAGACCCUCCAGCUGGAUUUCCUGAUGAAGAUUUUGCCCAACUACCACCACCUCAAGAAGACCACAAAGGGGAGCACAGCCCCUGCCAAGAGCUGAGCUGGAGCCUCGGGAGGGCCGGGGGGCGGGGAGGGCUCGCCACACUCGCACUUCCCCCACCCCCAUGGCUCCCCUAACAGCCCAGCUGUGUCCCAGACAGCUCCUCCGCCCCCUGCAUUUGCCAGGGGGAGGACGCCUGAGGGGCAGCCAAAGCUGCUUUCUUCGUAGCUGCCCCAGGCCUCUGGGGUCCCAUGUGCCACCGGCCAUGCAGCCAGAGGUUGCCCCUGGCCUGGCCGUGCCCUUCCCUCUCUGCCUACCUGGCACCCUCGGACCCCUUCUUGUAGCAGGCGGCCAGUAUAGAAAUAAAGACGCCAUCCGGCUCAUUGUCUCCA